CAUUUAUUGAAAACAUAUGGUAAUUACAUUUCAGAGUAAAUAAACUACAAACUUGCUUCACCAAAUAACUAAAAGAAAAGAACUUUAACAUACAUAUAAGGAAAUUGAAAAUACGCGAUGGUAAAAUGAACGGUAAAAGUGACGUUUGAAGUGAAGCGCAUUAACUUAACUUGAUACAAGUUCAAGCGACAAGUCAGCGCCACGUGUUAAUUUAACAUUUGCUGAAACUGUAAAAUUCCUCAAAAUGAGAUUCCCUCCGUGUCGCCUUCCGCUUAUAAAUCUUGCACUCGUUGUCUUCCUUUUCCCCAGCCCUAACCUUUCUCUUCCCCAAUCUCUAACAAGUAAACUCGUCGUUACCUCUAAUCUAAGCGUUUACAAGCAUCAUCACAGCAACCGGAAAUCUAGAAUAAUGAAGGGGGGCUUGCUUGUGGACGAUGAGUUUAUUAUACACGGAAAAGAGAGGAACCUGACUGUUCGGAAAACUUCUCUUUUCUUCGCCGGCGACGGUUUCACGGUUUACGACUGCAAGGGCAGUUUGGUCUUUCGUGUGGACUCUUACGGUGGUCCUAACAACCGCGACACCGACGAGGUUGUCCUCAUGGACGCUCACGGUCGCUGUCUUCUCACCCUCCGACGAAAGAGGCCGAGUUUGCGACGGAGAUGGGAAGGGUAUCUCGGGGAAAGAUUCGACGGUCAGAAACCGAUCUUCGGGGUGAGGAGAUCGUCGAUAAUCGGGAGGAACGGCGUGACGGUGGAGGUAUACGGGGAGUACGAGUGCAGCGAGUACCUGAUCGAAGGCAAUUUCGGGCAAAGGAGCUGCACGGUGGUGGAGGCGGAGACAAGGCGGAAGGUGGCGGAGAUACGGCGCAAAGUGGAUGCGUCAACGAACGUGAUGCUUGGGAAAGACGUUUUCUCGUUAAACGUGAAGUCCGGUUUUGAUGGAGCCUUUGCCAUGGGAUUGGUUCUUGUUCUCGAUCAAAUCUACGGUGACGAUUACGUUGAGGUUGGUGAAGAACAGGUGCACCCUUCCGCAGAAGACCACUGAUUUUUUCCUCUUUUUUUUUUCCGGUGGGAAGCAAAACCGAGUGGAAAUAAUAAUUAUUAAUCUAGUUGUGAGUUUCUUGUCGGCUUGAAAGGAACGAUCGGGACAAAUAUUUUCUCGUCUGUUUGCUGUGACUUGAUUUGAAUUUCGCUACUACAGCUGUUAAGUUCGAAGAAAAAAGGGUUCUUAACUUUUAAGAAUGGGGUUAGUUGUUGGUAAAAUGUUUGUGUCAAAAUAAUUUGCCUUUUGUUGGUUAGCUAGGCAAAGUCUUACAGGUUUCAAAAGUUUACAUUAGUCAAAGUGUGAAAGCUAUAAUUACCCAUAAAGGACGGCAAAUCUAUUUUCUCUUUCC